AUUGGGCGGCAUGCUGAUACGGAUUGUGGGUGGUUGCAAAGUACCAAUAAAUACAAUGCGCACGGGGGAGUUGCAGCCAAUUGUGAAAUAUUUGCAUCCCAGACAGGAAGUGUUCGCUUGCAGCGCGCCAGAGACUUGUAGAGCUGCAGAAACUUGUAGAGUGCCAGGAGGAGGAGGCUGACCUUGAAAGAGAAUAAGUGAAAAGAAGCAAUGGUUCUGCCGGGUACCAAAGCCACGACGGCGACAGGCUCGCACGCGGUCGUUCAGGCCCUCGAAUUGUAUAUUCAAAAUCAAAAUUUGCAAGGAGAUAUUGCCGAAUUGGAUGACAUGCUAUACGACCUGGUGGACAUGCACAAGGAUAACGAGGUGGCCUUGAAAAAAGUGCUGCAGUGCAUAUAUAAUUUGAUGCAGGCCAACACCAAGUGGAAUGUCCGAUUCGGCGCAAAGGUGUUUCACAAGCUUGUUGCGGUCGUGAUUUGCGCCAACAGGGAGGAUACAGCUGCCCGCCGUCAACUGGUGGCAAAUGUGCUCGUUUGCGUGCAACAGCAUCAGCGAAAGCUUCCCGGCACUGACGGCAAGUACCUGCUGGAGCAGCUUUGGUGUCUUAGCUUGAGCCGCGACCGUCAGCCAUAUGUGGCGCAAAUUCUGCUCCACCUGUUUGAUGACUUCUUUGCGAAGCUGGGAAUCGAAUUUUGCCAGAAGCUUUUCGACAUCAUACAGAAUCUAUUGCAGUCGGACAUGCGUGAGGACCGCCGUUCUGCGUGCUUUGUCAUGAGAAAGAUACUUGAGAUUGAUGAGGCGCGCAAAGGCGAUGCACAGCCGAAGAUACUCGAGCCCCUCAAGUGCAGCGAAAGUCAGUGGUCCGCCUAUGUGGACAUUACGGAGAAUCUAGAGGAGCAGCAGUCGCACCUGGUGCUGCCCACCCUGAGUACUCUGCUGCCGCGUCUGGCCCUCAUGUCGCCGGACAUGAGUGACGACUGGGUGGGCUGGUUGCGCAUCUUGUGCAUCCGUCUCUUGCAGGAUAACAAUAUAUUGGUGUUGAAAUGGACGCUCAAAUACUUUCUCAACAAGCUCAGCCUUGGCUGGGUAGUUAGUGUUGAUCUGAUCUAUGAUCUCCUAGCGGCCACUAACAGAACGCAGCUGUUCAAUUGGGAGGCCAAAGACCACCUGUCGGAGAAGCAAACAAUUGACUUUAUGGGAGGUGGAAGCGUAGAGGUAUUAAUGGAGCCACUGGCAGCAAUUCCCUGGCACUGUGUCCCAUUGCUGCACUGGCUGCGCUGCAUCCAUCCGGAUCAGGUGCCCACUGUUGGCAAGGAAUUGCUCUACAAGCUAUGCGCCCGAGUCCGCAUCUUGCAGAAUACCAAACUGAGAAUCUUAGUUAACGCGCGGCUGGUUUUCCUCUUCCAUGACACAAUUGAGGGUCUCAACUUGGGCGAUUAUAUGAUGUUUGUGGAGUCGCUAUUUAAUACCAGCGAUGGCUAUAAGGACCACGCUCGCUUGAUAGACAAAAUCAACAAAUGCAAAAACUUUGGGGCCCAUCUGCCGUACUUCAGCAGUCGUUGCUUUUACAUUAUAUGCCCAGAUGCUAAGCUGUUGCGCGCAUUUUUAUGGCAAUUACAAGGCGUACCCAAGGCGCAGCACGGUUGGUGGCGCCUUGCCCCUGUCUUCGUGGGCAGCAACUCCACCGAGAUCCACGAUGAGUACGCGUUCUACUGUGCUGUGUAUGGUUUUGAUCCGCUAUUGACCAAACCUGGGGCCAUGACUCUCGAACAGAUGCAGCAGCAUUUGCUCGAUAGGUUCAAUUGCGAGUCGAGGGAGGAGAGGUCGUUUGUGCUUGAGCAUUCUGUGGAUCUAUUCGUUGAAAUCAACUUUAAAAAUUGGGCCCAGAUAGAAAAGAAUAACUUACAACCCCUGGAUCUGUUGGAUAAGGGCACCAUAAUUACAUUUUCCCGUCUAUGCUGGCUGUUGGCACGCCAGAGAGAGCGAUUGGCAGACGAUAGCAUGAUAUUGCCAGCUCUGAUUGACCGUUUGGCCAGAUGCAACAGAGCCAACGCCAAUACCUAUGCUCGAUAUAUCCUCAAGUACGCCAAUGCCUUUUUGACGCAAGAAAAUUAUGAGAUUGUCGUGAAGGAUUUGCUGCAACAACGACCCAGUUCCCUCGAAGCGUUCGAGAACUUUACAUUGCCGAUGCCCCUGGUCCUGAGAGAAUUGCUUCAUGGAGAGACCAGCACUGGAGAUGCACGCAUUGAGGCCGCCGAAAUUUACCGCAUUGCGAAUAUCUUUGACGAUGAUGCGUUUAGUCGAUCGAGAUUUUUAAGCACCGCAUUCCAUCUACGUGACGAUACUCGCGAUGUGAACGGACUCUUCCAGGAACUGCUGUGGACCAACAAGGAGCUGUCGGCGAAGAAGCCGCGCUAUUUUGAGAACUCAAAGGAGCACAGAACCAAAAUGCGCAUUUGCAAGGCUCUGCUAUUCCUGGGCUCACCCGAUCUUGUCAAGUGGUCGGAUCUACUGUGGGAGGCACUGUUGUGGGCCAAUGACCAACUGAAUAUAAGCUACAUGUACGAGUGUCUGGUGUCUAAUAUGUUGCCAAGCAUUGAUCCACUACUGGAUAAGCUGUCGCAGAUUCAGAGCUUCACGGCCGGUCAACAUUUGUCGCUCACCAGCGUGGCCCAUCUGUACUGCAUGGCCAAUUGGGAAAGCCUAGAUACAGAUAAGUUGAAUGCCAUUUUUGCGGCACUCUUGCCGCUCACCAUGGGAUCUCACUUUCAAACGCGUGUGCUCGCCCAACUGGUGCUGCACAAGCUGGCGGAAAAGUGCGAGACAAGCGGCAUUCAGAUGCCAAUAGCCGUUGCCCUGAAGACAUCGAUUGAAGCCACGUUUGGCGACAAGUUCGAUGAACUGCGAAAGGAGCCACGUCUCGUGCUAUCUCUGGUUAUGAAGAGCCAGCAUCUAAGUCCCUGUUUUGCGGCAGAGUCCAUCCUCUAUAUGACGCAUGCACCCUUCGAUGAAUGCAUAAGACCGGCAGUGCUCAAUGGAACGUCUGUGUUCGAGGACACUCUCAAGGCCAUUCGUUCGUUCUUCAAGAGCAAGAAGGCUGGAUCAUUGGCAGAGCCAACAUUCCUGGACAGUGUCGGUGCCAUCAACGGAAACGUACAGAGAAAAAUGAAUCCCAUUGCCGAUAUAUAUCCGGAGGCUGAUUUGGUCAAAUGCACAUGUGGUGUAGACACAACUAAGCAGCUGGUGGUAGUGGCUUCCCUGAUCGACAAGCUGCCCAAUCUGGGCGGUCUGGCGCGCACCUGUGAGGUUUUGGGCGUCCAGACCUUGGCUGUGGGCAACAAGGCCCUAACGGGAAAGAGCGAUUUCACCAACUUAAGCAUGACCGCUGAGAAGACGCUGGACAUUAUCGAGCUGAAGCCCAGUUAUAUUGGUGAAUUUCUGAUGGCGAAACAAAUGGAGGGCUUUAGAGUUGUCGGGGCCGAGCAGACCGCUCACAGCGUUAGUUUCGCCAACUUUAAGUUCCCCAAAAAGUGUGUCCUACUGCUGGGGCACGAGAAGCAUGGGAUACCAGCGGAUCUGAUUGGUUUCCUGGACUAUGCCGUGGAAAUACCACAAUUUGGAGUGGUGCGCUCACUCAACGUCCAUGUCACAGGGUCCCUAUUUAUUUGGGAAUAUUGCAAGCAGCAUUUUUUCUAAAGAAUAAGAAUCCAGUUAAUGUCUAAAAAUGAAUAUUUUUUUUGUAGUGCUCGUUGCGACUUUGCCCGUUGGCAAGUAAGCCUCACUAUAAGCAUUUUUAAAUGCACUUAUAUUAUCACAAUUCAGUAGUAGUAGUAG